AGUUGCGUAUGCCUUUCAUUCAUAACGUCAACGGCUCCAGUGCGCCGGUGUCGAGGUUUACAAGGUUUAGGUUCAACGAUUGCUCCUUAAAAUGUCUCACGCAGUACCGUCGGAAAAGCCAUCCAACCCCGAGAAUCCUCGCGUUUUUUUCGACGUUGACAUCGACGGGGAAAAAGCCGGCCGCAUUGUUUUGGAGCUGUUUGCCGAUGUCACCCCUAAGACUGCUGAAAACUUCCGGGCACUCUGCACCGGAGAGAAAGGCGUCGGAAAAUCGACAGGGAAACCGCUGCACUUCAAAGGAUGUCCGUUCCACAGAAUCAUCAAGAAGUUUAUGAUCCAGGGAGGUGACUUCUCUAACCACAAUGGCACGGGGGGCGAGAGCAUCUAUGGGGAGAAGUUUGAGGAUGAAAACUUCCACUACAAGCAUGACAAAGUGGGCCUGCUAAGCAUGGCCAAUGCUGGGGUCAACACCAACGGCUCACAGUUCUUCAUCACGACGGUGCCCACACCCCACCUGGAUGGAAAGCAUGUGGUCUUUGGACAGGUGUUAAAAGGAAUAGGAGUUGUAAAAAUGCUGGAGUCAGUGGAGACCACAGAGGACACUCCUAUAAAGCCUUGCAUCAUAGCGGACUGUGGUGAACAUAAGGACGGGGACAGCUGGGGCGCCGCUCUAGAUGACGGAACUGGAGACGCUCACCCAGACUUCCCCGAGGACUCCGACAUCGACUUUAAAGAUCUUGACAAAGUUGUGUCGACUGCUGAAGACGUGAAGAACAUCGGGAACGUGAUGUUUAAGAACCAGGACUGGAGAACCGCAGUGAGAAAAUAUAAGAAAGCCCUGAGGUACCUGGACAUGAGUGGCAACCUGGUGGAGAAUGAAGAGGAACACAGGAAGCUGGAGCCCACAGCAGUCAGCUGCUUCCUCAACAUGGCCGCCUGUAAACUGAAGCUGCAGCUCUGGCAGGAGGCUCUGGAGAGCUGCAAUGAGGCUCUUGAACUAAACCAAGAAAACACAAAGGCACUUUUCCGGAGGGCCCAGGCCUGGCAGGGGUUGAAGGAAUACAACAAAGCCUUGGUUGAUCUAAAGAAAGCUCAGGGAAUCGCUCCGGAAGAUAAAGCCAUCAUCAAUGAGAUGAAGAAAGUCCAACUUAAAAUCCAAGAGGAGAAGGAGAAGGAAAAGAAAAUCUAUGCCAAGAUGUUUGCCUGAAGACAAACUGCUGCAACAAGUUGUCGUUUGUUAAUUUUUGCAGUCAUCUCAGUAAAAACUGAAGUUAUUCAGAGACUGUAACAGUAUUCUCAUUCUACUGUAACACUUCACUGUGAUUACCUCAAGAUUUGGUCUGAAGCAUGUUCAGGUUACAGCUGACUAACACAGGCUUGUCGUGUCUUAUUCUACAUAAAGUUGUGUAUCUUGUAUCAUUUCAUUGUUGAGAUUUUGAUACAAUACACCAGUUUGUUAUAUUUAUGUUUUUACUGGUCAAUAAAACAAGGGAUAACUCAA